AUACUAUUAUUUUUAAACAUUUGUAUAACUUAUAACUCAAGCACGUGCUUGCAAGGAUCCCCUGGCCUCCCCGGACGUAACGGAGUCAAUGGACAUAACGGGUCACCAGGCCGCGACGGCCGAGAUGGUGCUAAAGGUGAAAAGGGCGUGACAGGUACACCAGGAUCACUUGGUGCGAAGGGAGAAAUGGGAGCAAGUGGGACAGACACUGAUCACAGGAACUGGAAACAGUGCGCGUGGAAGAGUAGCGAUGGUCGUGAUAUUGGACUGAUCAAGGCUUGUUAAUUUAUCUGUGAUCAAAGCUAUAGUUCAGUUAGCAUAACAAAUAAUCGUCAUAUAAAAAUAUCAUCCCAGCCUUUGUGUUUCACCUGACUUUUUAGUUAUUGUUGAACCUUGUCCAUGCAGUGUUAUAUCCGCAUAGGAUAAAAUUAGGUUAUUUAAACGAAAUGUAGGGUGUAUGAUGGGCUCCUGAUAAUGACAAUUUCCCUGAAAAUAAUUGUUCAGAACUAAUUUGUUGUUGCAGGAUUGUCAGUUCGCUAAAACCAAGGAUGACACUGCUCUCCGGGUUGUUUACCAGGGAAACGUCGCUGUUGGAGGUUGUAACAACUGCUGCAAGCGAUGGUUCAUCACUUUCAAUGGAGCGGAGUGCAGUGGUCCCCUGCCUAUUGACGUAGUGCUGUGGAUCCGAAAUAAAGACGAAGACAACUACAGACCCGGGUUCAUUGAGGGCUACUGUAACAACAUACACAAGGGCAAAAUCCGAGUUGGAAUCAACAUUGGAAAUUUUGCAGGAUAUGGAAAUUCUGAUGGUAACACAGGCUGUAUUUCAGUGUCCCGUUUGAUCAUUGAAGAAGUCCCUCGGUCCCAGUAA